CACUCAAGGUCCACGAAGACAAAUCCCUGCUGAUCGGACACACAUUUUUUUGUCAAAUACAAAUAAACUUUUUUUUUAUCUAUUUCACAUCUUAUCUUAUCAGUUACACUACACUAGCUGAUAACUAGAGUUAGUCACUACUUACAAUGGACCCACCUACCUCGUUGCAUGGCAUCAUUCCAGAAGAUAAGUUGAAAAUUUGGGAAAUUUUUAGCGACGUGGGACCCGAAGGAGAGGAGAUUUUGAAGAGGGCGAAAUUGGUACAUGCUCACGAUAUCAGGGGGCUGGUCGUCACCAUGGAGGACGAGACUUAUUGUUUCUACCGUGGCGAGGUUGGUGGGGUGAAAAUUACCACAAUUCCGGAAUUGUGUGGCGUCCGAGUGAAAGAACAUUUUAUUGGAUCAACUGGUCUUACCUUAACGGAGGACGGGCACCUCUAUUCCUGGCACAGGACUGGUCCGUCCUUCGUUGUUCACCCUGCAAAGGGCAGUCUGACUGGACAGAAAGUAGUGCAAGUGUCAUCAUCAGUGGAGGGUGUCCUGGCAUUAACUUCGGGUGGCACCGUCCAUCACUGGAUUUGGAAAGACGCACCAACCUUGAUUGCAAGAGAGAAAUUUGAUAACAAGAAGGUUAUCUCUGUGGCUGGCAAUGAAUACCUGAACGUCGCCUUAACUGAGGAUGGAGAGCUAUUCGAAUGGAAAUUGUGCCAAGCUGGGCCACGAAAAUCAGCCCUAAGUACCUGCUCACCAAUUAAAAAGAUAACGGCAAGCGAGAAUGCCAUUUUCGCAUUGACUGUUGUUGGAACAAUGUACUCGUGGGAUUCUGAGAAUUCAGAUUCUGGAAAUGCGGAUCCAGUAUGGAUGCCGGUACCAGAUUACAAAAACGUUCAAGACAUCGCCACCUGUGUGUUGGAAGAUGUUAGCGUUGUCGAGUUGAAGACUGAGAUCCGUCUUGGCCGUUACGUGGGAAAUCGGGCUCCUUGGAGUGCUCCAUUCUUUACAAAAUCCACUUCGUUGGACGAAUCUUUUGCGGAAGUUUGUCAGAAGAGUUACCGAACUAUGUUGGUCGCCCGUGAACCUGAACCACGUAAAUUGGGUGAUGACAUUUCCACCUUGUGGAGUACCAAGAAAAAUGCGGAUGUUAAAUUUUCCGUGGAAGGGAAAAUCAUUACCGCCCAUAAAUUGAUCGUGACUUUGCGGAGCGAAUAUUUCGAAAAAAUGUUUAGAGGCGAGUGGGCCGAAAAUGAGGGGUCGGUUGUUUAUAUCAAGGAUACGAAGUACGACGUGUUCGAAGCUUUUCUCUUUUACAUUUACCAUGACAGGAUCCCCUUCUCGAACAGCGACUACGAAAAACUUUAUAGCCUCAUGAAAUUAGCUGAUUUCUAUUGCGAGGUGACAAUCCGGCGAGAAUGUGAGAAGAUUCUGAUGCAAAAUAUCAACACGACGAAUGCCUUUUUUCUGCUUAAAAAUGCUGCCUCAGCCAACGCUAUGGAUUUGGAGGAGGAGGUGACAAAGUUUAUUCUAGACAACCGACUCUUCAUAGUAACUUUGUCUUCCGCCGAGUUGGUCGAAUCAUUGGGCAGGGAAGCCUUCGACAAAUUAGCGAUGGCGUCAUUUUGCCGAUAGUUUGGAAUUAAAGGGUUUUGCAACAAUCUUACUUUAUAUUUCUACAAUUUUGCAAAUAAAAUGAAUAGAAAAUUAUUGGGUUAGGUUAGAUAAUAGACGUUUUUCUCUAUAUAUUUAGAAAUGAUCUUUGUAACUCAUGCGCUAAUAACUAAAUACAUAAAAGAAUCCAAACUAGCCAUUCGAAGGACAAUACAUAAA